AUGCAGCUGUGUGUGGAAGUGACAGGUGGGGGGGAGCGGGCGCAGUUUAUCCUGAUGGAGCGGAGGAAGCAGCGGAGCCCAGCCAAGCAUGCGGCUGUGUGCGGUAGUGACUCGGGGGCUGCUUCUCAGGAUGGAGACGCUGAGGAGCGGAGGAGGCGGCAGAGGCAGAGCCGUGAAUGCUGCAGCUGUGCGGAACGUCGGAGGAUACUACAGGACAGAGCCCGGCGACAUGGCUUUAAAGCCAUACCAGGCACAAGCCCAGCAACCAUGACAGACCUCCAGUCGGACCAGGGCCCACCAAGCCCUCCGGCUCCCACCUCCUCCACCUCCACCACCACCACCACCACCACUCCUCCACCUUCCAGCAUUCCCGGACCCUCAAUAAUGACAGACCUCCAGGCAGACCAGGGCCCACCAAGCCCUCCGGCUCCCACUUCCUCCACCUCCUCCUCCACCACCACCACCACCAUCACUCCUCCACCUUCCAGCAUUCCCGGACCCUCAAUAAAACGUCGGAGGAUACUACAGGACAGAGCCCGGCGACAUGGCUUUACAGCCAUACCAGGCACAAGCCCAGCAACCAUGACAGACCUCCAGUCGGACCAGGGCCCACCAAGCCCUACGGCUCCCACCUCCUCCACCUCCACCUCCACCACCACCACCACCACCACCACUCCUCCACCUUCCAGCAUUCCCGGACCCUCAAUAAUGACAGACCUCCAGGCAGACCAGGGCCCACCAAGCCCUCCGGCUCCCACUUCCUCCACCUCCUCCUCCACCACCACCACCACCAUCACUCCUCCACCUUCCAGCAUUCCCGGACCCUCAAUAAGCCUCCAGUCGCACCUGGGCCGACUGCGCCCUCUGGCUGCCUCCACCACCACCACCACCACCACCACCACCCGGCCAGUGGACGUACAUGUAGCCGAACCCUCAAUGAUGAGAGUCCUCCAGGCUUACCUGGACCUACUAGGUCCUGUGAUGAUGACCACCACCACCAGCACCACCACCCCACCAUCCGGCAUUCCUGGACCCUCAAUAAGCCUCCAGGCGGACCAGGGCCCACUGCGCCCUCCGGCUCCCACCUCCACCUCCACCACCACCACCACCCAACCAGGACCAGAACAGACGGGCUAUGGGCCGGACAAUCUUUCAAGGGAGCAAGUCCGGCAAUUGAUUCUGAUUCUGUGGGCGGUGGUGAACAGAAUGUUCGAAAUUAUUUUGCAGCACAUUUAA